AUGAGUCUUUCCGAUCUCAUCGCCUCGGUCGUCGACAACCAGGACGGCUUUGGCCCCUCGGCCGAGCAUUUGCCUGCUCAAUACAAAGAGUGCGUUUCAUGCGUUUCACCCCUCCCCUUCUCUCCUCCUCGAAUCUCGAGGCCGUCCACCAACUCGCAUCACACACACUGACCCUCGUUCGUGUACGAAUUUGGUCACAGUAUCCCGUAUGCACCCUUCUCCAAGAACGACAAGCUCGGUCGCAUCGUCGACUGGAACAUGGAUGCGUCGACCUCGGGUGGUCAAUCCGGCGCAGGGCAACGACGACCCGGUCAAACCGCCGGCGCGGGCAAGUACGGUCGCGAGCCCAAGGAGGCCUUCGGCGCCUCGAGUGCGGGCACGUUCGCCUACUUCCACGACGAGGACGAGGCCAGCUUUUCGCUCGUCGACGGUAGCAAGAGCGCCGCGUCGAAGCGGGGUGGAUCCGCCGGUGGUGGACUCGGCAAUCUCGGACGAUCGAACCAGAACAAUCGCGGGGGAGGGCGAGGUGGUAACCGAGGUGGAGCCGCCGGUGCACGGGGCGGACGAAACGCCAUGCAGGGCGGUGGUCGUGGUGGCCAGGCCGGAGGACGUGGUGGGCGAGGCGGAGGACAGGGUGGUCGCUUCGGAUGGCGAGAUUGGAACAAGGAGCAGCGAACACGAGACGCGAGCGUCGUCAUCGGCGCCGACUGGCAGGUGCUCGAGGAGAUUGAGUUCUCCCGCCUCGGCAAGCUGCGCCUCGACGUCGACACCGAAGACCCGGAAACGAUCUCUUCGCACGGUUUCCUUUACGAGUACGACAAGACCUACGACCGUGUCACGACCAAGAACGAGAAGCCGCUACAGAUCAUCGAGCGCAUCCGCUACAACCCAACCACGUCCGACGAUCCCAUCAUCCAGGACCUCGCCGCCCACGGCAAGGCACAGAUCUUUGCGACCGACGCCAUCUUGGCGAUGCUCAUGUGCACGACCCGAACGGUUUACCCGUGGGACAUUGUGCUCACGCGCGAGGGCGACAAGCUCUUCAUGGACAAGCGAGAGGGGGCCACUUUCGACUACCUGUCCGUCAACGAAAACGCUGCCGAUCCUCCCCUUGAUGGCGAGAAAGAUACGCUCAACUCUCCCUCGUCGCUGUCGCUCGAGGCGACCUACAUCAACCAAAACUUUGCGUUCCAAGUUGUGCGCGAACACCCGGACGCGAGGAUCGAGCUCGAGCACCCCAACCCUUUCUACUCGUCGGACGAGACCGAGCCGCUCGCCUCGUGCGCCUACCGCUACCGCUUGUUCGAUCUCUCGACGAGCGAGGACGAGGACGUACAGAUUGUGGUCCGAACCGAGGUUGACUCGUUCGUCCGAGGCGCGAACGCCAACGAGGACAACACGUACAUCACGUUCAAGACCCUCAACGAGUUCGAUUCGCGCGCACAAGGCUCGGGUGGGGCACCCGACUGGAGGAGCAAACUCGACAGCCAACGAGGUGCCGUUGUCGCGACCGAGAUGAAGAACAACUCGAGCAAGCUCGCCCGAUGGGCCGUCUCGAGCAUCCUCGCCGGUGCGGAGCAGAUAAAGAUGGGUUACGUCUCGCGAGCGAACCCGCGCGAAUCAUCGCGUCACACCAUCUUGGGCACGCAAUGGUACAAACCCCGCGACUUUGCUGCCCAGAUGAACGUCAACCUCUCGAAUGGGUGGGGUAUCGUGCGGACCAUCGCCGACCUGUGCUUCAAGCAGCCCGACGGCAAGUACAUCUUGCUCAAGGAUCCCAACAAGGUGCGUUUAAAGAUCACGUUCGUCAACAGUUUUAUUCUGGCUUCAUGAAGCUGACUUCUUGCUUUUUGAACGUGAUCUCACAGCCCGUUAUCCGAUUGUACGCUCUUCCCGAAGGCGCUUUCGAGGGUGAGGAUGAGGACGAGGCAGCUAUCGCCGCAGGGGGCGACGAUCAAUCUCAGGACGGUGGAAACUAA